GGCUUGGCCAAAGGACUUGUUGCGCGAGACCAUUGUUCCACCAUCAGGUUCGAUAUCCCUUCGAAAAAUUGCUGAUCCAAGUUCACUCGAGGAGCAAGAGCUUGGAGCCAUCCUUGCCAUCAAGAACUAGCCUCGGAACCGUGUCUCCGGGUCGCUGUCCAAUCCCAUGGCAUACGAAGUCGAAGACCUUAUCGAAAAUUUGAUGACUGGUGGUAUUGGCAGCAUGUUUUGGGCCGCUUUUCUCCCGAUUACCAACAGACUCAUCUGCGAUUGCUUCGGAAGGGAUGGAAUGGAUCAAUGUGCUUGUCGCUGUGUAUAUGAUGACUUCGAAAACUCUUUGGUGGGCAUGGAUCCAGAGAGUCUUUCCGUACUUCGCCAACCAGUCGUGGGUAGGAUUACAAGUGUGCUUUUUGAUGGACAACUUUCUUGGCUUCUCAGCUCAAGGUAUCGGCCUAGAAUGGUGUAGCGCGGAUGCUUUAUAAAGUUCGGGUAUCCAUGGAAAGGUCAUAUGAUACUUCAAGGAGUCUUCCUUUCUCUUUCUGCAG